AUGGGUUCUGUCUUUGGAACCACACCACCACACGAUGUCACCUUUAGUCGGUCUGACAUUCUCGUUUCAGACGAUGUAGUUGAGCGUUUACGACACCAGCAUUCAGACGAGGUCUCUCCUAAAACCACUGCUCCUACUCCCACCCGUUCUUCUCCCCCACCGCAAGUGCAUACCAAAGAAGAGUUACCCUCCGAAGCGUCAGUCAACACUGUCGCAGUUGCUUCUCAGUAUCUCACUCAUUCGCGUGACGAGGCCGAACGCAAGUACGAAGCUCUUCUCAGGAAAUUUGAGGAGCGGAAUGACAAAUAUCUUAAGACUGCAGAGGAGGAGUAUACUAGAGUUGUUGAUCGUCUUUCUGCCAAAUAUUUAAAACACACUCCUGUGGCGUGUUGUGUGGAUGCGCAGAAGCAGGUGGUGGACUGCUACAAGAGUAAUGGACAACGCUCAUUAAACUGUUCCAAAGAGGUCGAGUCAUUCGUCCGUUGUGUUGCCGCGUUUCGCAGUGCACGAAUGGGUCAUCCCGACGCGGAGGUUUUGUGA